ACAUAGUAGUGCCUUGUGGAUAACAGACAUUACGGUAGUAUGCAUGCACGUAUGUUGUGCAUACGAGCGCUGGAUAAGGACUUACUGUAGUGUCGUACCGUGCAAAGAUGAAUUAGACAAUCGUUCAGAUAAAAAAAUCCACAAGCACACCACACAUAGUAGCGUACAAAGUUAGAAAUUAAUUCGUAUCCGGGAAUCAUCAUUCUUGCGCCAUGAAUUCACAAGAGCGAGCCCUGCUAGCUGCAGCCAGGGCUGAACGAGCUGCCUCUGCGAAGACACGGUUCACCAAAUUAAAUACGUCGCAUAAAAAUUUACAGCCAACGCCCAGUGUGUCUACUGAGAAUGCAUCUAAUACCGAACAGAUGGAUGGCAAGAGGUUGCCGAGUGUCGUUGCUAAUAGUAGUGCUACUAAGAAUGCGAACAAGCUGAGGAGAAACGAAACAGUCAGUGCGCAACCGUCCGAGUUCAUUGCUGAUAAUAUCCUCACUCUG